UGCCUUGCAUGUCUCAUUCCUCCCGUACUCAGGCCUUGUCCCACUAUCUCGGUGGUGUUGGUAAAGAGAGCUUUUCGUUGCAUGUGAAAGAAAUGCGAAUUCAUUGAUAUGAACGAGGGCCUGAUUGAUGAGAUUCCUGCAGUGUAGGUUGGCUGCACUUAAAACCCGCCAAAUCUGUAGUUGCGGUGGCGUUAAUACGUAAAUGUCUAAAAUUUUGGCAUGGAAGUUUUGGAUUUUAAUGCCGUUCCAGCCAAAGCUCUUAGAUGUUCAACUAGACUGAAAUUGAGAGAAUUUCUUGAUCCGAGACAAGAAAUUCUAUUUAAAAGUGGUUUUGCUCGGGACUAUCGUGGAUUGGCAGAUCAGAUGGACUUUCAAUAUAAUGAAGUGCGAAUUUUUGAAAGAUAUGAUAGUCCAACUCUUAAAAUAAUAGAUGCAUGGACUGUACUUCCUCAUACAACCAUUGGCCUGCUUAUUCAAUACCUGGAAAAUAUGGGUCGACAUGAUAUUCUGCAAGACUUGCAACCGAAAUUUGAAUUAGAUGCUAAAUCUUAUAUACAGAGAUGUUUGCAAGUUCAGAGUGAAGAAAGUCCACUUCAAGUAGAUGAAAUUUCAUCAUGUCGUUCAGUAUCAUUUGAUGUACGCUUGGAAGAUUCUGGUAUUUUCACAACAGAAGAUGCAUGUACUGGAGAAAUAUCGUAUGAUUGUGAAAGACUAGAGAUAGUUACCAGAAAGCAAUGGAGAGCGAGGAACGCAGUUCGGGAGAGAGAAAUAAAUCUUCCUGUGAACCAUGUUGUCAUAUUACAUACAGUGACAGCCUUCUGUAAGAAACAAGUAGAAUGUAUGCGGCAAGUUCAACUCAUUCAAGAUCUUCACUUGGAUGAAAGAGGUUGGUGGGAUAUUGCCUAUAAUUUCUUAGUUGGUGGAGAUGGCAGAGUUUAUGAAGGAAGAGGAUGGAAUUUAACGGCGGCUCAUGCUGUAAAUUACAACACUAAUUCUUAUGGGGUUGCAUUCAUGGGCAACUUUAACAAUGACACGCCAACAAAGCCAAUGAUACAAGCCGCAUUACAAUUAGUGGAUUGUGGUAUAAAAAAGGGUUACCUAACACCCACUCCGGAAAUCCAUGGUCAUAGAGAUGUCGCUUGUACAGAUUCUCCGGGAGAAAAGCUUUACAAAGUUAUCAGGCAAUGGAAAAAUUACAAGGGGGGCGAAAGUCUACGUUUUACUGUGAACCCCUCUAUAAACCGGUGAUCGGUCAAGAUUUGAUAAAGGACAAUUCAUAACUGUUCCUUUCUGAAUGUGCCAGGGGAAAAAAAAAGGUUAUCCUGAAAGUUUACUGGCCUCAAGCAUUGAAGUGUAAUUUUUCACUGUUGUAAUAUCAUUUUACAAAUUGCAAUGUUUUGUAGUAUAUAAUGUCUUUAUACAUGUAGUUGACAAUAAAAUAUUUUUGAUUUAUAACUUUAA